CAGUGUGUCCAUGAUCAUCAUAUUUUAUCACAAUGAAUCUAAACAUAUAAUAUAUAUAGUCUAAAUACACACAAGUCAAUCGAUUAAUGUCACAAUAGUCGAAUGAGACCGACACACACACACACAGCCAAAAUAAUAAUACACGUUUGCUUACGGCUUAUUUUGAUGGAGAUGCUCAUUUUUCUUCAAAUAUAUUUGAUUACGAUUUGAUCAUCAUCAUCAACAAACAACAACGACAACAAUAAUUGUGUUCCUCUACUAUUUUUGAUGAUACAUUCAACUUGUUAAAAAAAAAAUUUUUUGAUUUGAGUACACAGAAAUACAGGAAAAUCGAUAGAGAAAAAAAAACGACGAACGUGUCGAAUCUACACAACAUUGGUUUGUGUUUGUGUGUGUGUGUGUAUCCAUCCAAAUCCAUAAAAAAAACAUACACGUUGUAUAUUCUGUACACAUUUCUGGUUCGAUUUUUUUUUCAAAUUCUUCUAUCCCACGGUCAAAGUUCAUCAGUUUAAAUUUUUAAUUUGAAAUACGUGUUUAAAUUCAUAUAUUUUAUUUGUGAUUUGUGAUUUUUUUUUAAAUAAAAUAAAGUGGUUAUAAAUAAAUUAAAAAACCAUGAACCGUUUUCCACCACCACAGAUGAUGUAUCCGAAUGCAUUUCCAGCAUCGCCACAAUCACCAUCAUCUACAAUGGUAACGAAUAGUGGUAAAUAUCCAUCAUCACCACCACCACCACCACCACCUGUAAACAAUAAUAUUCAACAACAACAAUAUGGAAAUCCUCAACAAUUACCACAACAUUCGAUGAUGAUGAACCAUCAGCAGCAGCAGCAACAACAACCGCCACCACAACCACCUCCUGUAUCAUCAUUGCCUCAUUUUCCUCAACAACAAUAUCCUUCAUCUAUAAGUCAAAUGAAUCAAAAUAUUCCCCCACAACAACAACAACAACAACCACCACCUCUUCAUAAUCAUUCUGCAAACACUACUCAACAACAUCAUCAUCUGCAUCAACAUCAUGGAAUGGAUCAAUUAACGCAGAAAAUGGGCUCAAUGGUUGUCAAUCAAGGUUGGAAUCAAAUGUUUAACCGUUUGGAAGCUGUGAAUCUUUUGGCCGAAAAAGAUAUCUAUACAAAAGCUGUACAACAAAAACGUCAACAACAACAGCAACAACAAUUGAAUAGUCAACAACAACAACAACAAAGACGUGAUGAUCUGAGCUGUGAUAAAGAUGUAAUGCGUUGUACAAUGCAUAAAAUACCGGAAACGGCAUCAUUAUUACAAAAAUCACGAUUACCAUUGGGUAUAUUGUUGCAUCCAUUUAAAGAUGAUCCGAACAUUCCCGUUAUACAGGAUUCAGUGAUUGUACGUUGUCGAUCAUGUCGUACGUAUAUUAAUCCCUAUGUACGACUAUUGGAUCAAAGACGUUGGCAAUGUAAUCUAUGUCAUCGAAUUAAUGAAGUACCUGAAGAAUUUAUCUAUGAUUAUCAAAGUCGUAGAAUGAUUGACAUAAUGACCAGGCCAGAAUUGAAUCAUGGAUCAAUUGAAUUUGUUGCUAGUGUUGAAUAUAUGGUACGACCACCACAGCCGGCAAUCUAUCUAUUUGUAUUUGAAUGUACAUCAUCAGCUGUACAAUUAGGUUAUAUUCGAUAUUUGGCAUCUGCAUUAUUGGCAUCGAUAGAUCAGAUACCUGGUGAUUCACGAACAUUAAUUGGUUUUAUUGCUUUUGAUUCGAAAUUACAUUUUUUCAAUCUAAAUGAUGAUCGUCCUGUUCAUAUGAUUAUGCCCGAUAUUCAUGAUGUAUUUCUACCACAUGCCGAUUGUUUAUUGGUAAAAUUUCAUUCAUGUAGAGAUAAAAUUGAAUAUUUUCUACGUGAAACAUUGCCAAAUUUUCCAUGCAAUUCAAAUGAUGAUGAUCCAAAUAAAAUUGUUGCCGAUCAUCAAUCAGCAUUGGGUCCAGCAUUACAGGCUGCAUUCAGAUUAAUAUCACCAACUGGUGGACGAAUUACACUAAUACAGACUAGUCUACCAAGUGCCGGUAAUCUAUCCGAUGGUUGUGUACUGCAGAAUCGUGAAGAUCCAAAUCAACGAACAAUAAAUUCGAAUCAAUCGAAUCAGGCAUUAACACCAUUAUUGAAUCCGGCAACGGAUUUUUUCAAAAAAUUAGCCCUUGAAUGUUCAGAACAUCAAGUUACAGUUGAUCUAUUUAAUCUUUCACCAUCAUUUUCCGAUCUUGCUACGGUAGCUGCAAUAGCUAAAUAUAGUGGUGGAUCUAUCAAAUAUUAUGGUGGUAGCGGUACUGGUGCUGGAACAAUGAAUCCAUUAGCGAUAAAUUCGAUGCUUUUACGAUUUGAAGAAGAUAUGAAACAUUAUCUGACCAGAUCGAUUGGUUUCGAAGCUGUAAUGCGUUUACGUUCAACACGUGGUAUCAAUAUUCAUACGUUUCAUGGAAAUUUUUUUGUUCGUUCCACUGAUUUGAUUGCAUUACCAAAUGUAAAUCCAGAUUCAGCAUAUGGAAUACAAUUGAGCAUUAGUGAAGAUUUACGUGAUUUUAAUCAAAUUUGUUUUCAAGCUGCAUUAUUAUAUACAAAUUCAACUGGUGAACGGCGUAUACGUGUACAUACAAUUGCCUUACCAGUUGUAUCUGAUCUGAUCGAUAUAAUGGAUUCAGCUGAUCAUGAUGCUAUUACAUCAUUAUUAACUAAAAUGGCUGUUGAUCGUUCAUGUCAAGCAUCGAUACAGGAUGCACGUGAAGCAUUGAUCAAUGCAAAUAUUGAUCUAAUCAGUGCAUUCCGUUUGAUACAUACACCACCAUAUCCAGGAUUGUUUAUUUCAUAUCAUACACGUUUAUUGCCAUUAUAUACAUUGGCAUUAUUGAAAAAUACGGCUUUUCGUUUAGGAAUCUCUACACGUAUUGAUGAACGUGUUUAUGCAAUGGAACAGAUGAAAUCUAUGCCACUGAAAUAUAUUAUGCUUUACAUUUAUCCACAUUUAUAUCCAUUACAUCAUCAAUUUGAUCCAAAACAAUCAUCACCAAUGCCAUUACAAUUAUCAUUUGCUAAUAUCGAUCGUAAUGGUGUUUAUCUAUUGGAUACAUAUGAUCAUUUAUUUAUUUAUAUUUGUAAAUCUGUACAUCCACAAUUUUUAUCGGAUGUAUUCAAUGUAACACAAUGGUCACAGAUACCGGAUGAAGGUGAUCAACAACAACUACAACAACAACAACAAUCACAGGCAGCCUUUACAACACCACCAUCAAUUGCAAUGAUGACCAGACCACCACAAUCGUCAUUAAAUAAUAAUACAAAUCAUAAUCAUGCUCAAAUGAAUGGUUUUCUACCUAAUCAAAUGAUGACUAUGAAUAACAAUAAUGGUAUGGAUGAUCCACCAUCAACAUCUACAGAUACAAGUAGUAAUGAUAUUGUGGCUGGUGGCGCUAUACAAAAUAAUGAUCAACAUUCAUCAACAGCCAAUAAUAAUGUUGAUGAUGAUAAUAAUUUGACAUUGGCAACAAAACAAAAACAAAAACGAUCACCAUGUCCAUUGAUAACAUUACCAUUUUUGAAUAAUGAAACAUCUGAACAUAUACAUGAAUUUAUUGAAAAAUUAUUGGAUGAUCGGCCAUUUAAACCUAGUUUUCAUAUAUUAAGAGAGGAUAGCCGUUUACGAUAUUCAUUUCUACAAUACAUGUAUGAUGAUCGUAAUGAAUCGGCAUUUAGCUAUUAUGAAUUUCUACAACAUUUACAACAAAAUCUGGAAAAAUAAUGAUACCACCAGGAUUGUUUGACUUGAAAUGAGAUGAAAACAUUCAAAUGAUGCAAUUUCAUUUUUGAUUUUUUUUUAUUAAUGAUCUUAUGAUGAUUUAUUAUAUAUU